CAACAAACCGAGAUAGUUCGACUAAUGUGAAUAGGAAAGUUGGGGUUUGUCAGGAAACAGUUCAACUAUAAAUUACAAUUGUAGGCCAUAUAGUAUUACACUGUCUUCCGAAAUAAUAUGUGCAUUGAUUUACUCGACGUUCCUUUGUUGUUCUAAACCAAAUCAUAUACUGGACAUCUUUAAUGUUGAAAAUAUUUGGAAGUCACAUCAACAAACGAUUUAUUCGAGAACAACUACUUUCCUCGAUUUUUGAGAUAUCUAACACAAUUUUUUAAUUAUUUUUUUUAAUUUUACAGCAUAAGAUGAGUGUAAUUAAAAUGGAAAAUGUUGUUGAUGUUCAAAGUGAAAAAGAUACCAUUGGCAUGGUAUCGGAUGAGGUUCAUGUACAAUCAGCACUUUCAGUAAAAAAAGAUGAAACUGAGGUCAUGGAUAUAAAGGAUGAGGAUUUCGAAGAUUUACAAGAAGAGGAGGAUCCUGUAGCAAAUCUUCCAUUAAUAAAGUCAGAACUUGAGGACUCCAUCAAUUUACAGAAAGUUGUACCUGAUUCUUAUAGUGAAACGAGUUUUGAGGCUUUUUAUGAUGACAAUCAAGUCAUGGAUAUCAAAGUUGAGGAUGACGGAGGUGUGACAGUGGAGGAGGAUCCUCUCCUGAUACCAUUUCCAUUAAUAAAGGCAGAGCGUGAGUUUCCUGCGAAAGAACAGAACAUAUUACAAGAUGGUGAGCGUCCGUAUUCCUGUAAUGUGUGUAACAAAUCAUUCAUUUAUCGGAGUCAUCUCAAGAGACAUGAGCGUACACAUAGUGGAGAAAGGCCAUAUUCCUGUAAUGUGUGUUAUAAGUCAUUCAGCAGUGCAGAUAGUUUGAAGAUACAUCACCGUGUACAUAGUGAGGAGCUACCAUUUUCCUGUGAUGUAUGUAACAAGUCAUUCAUUAGACAGAGUUAUCUGAAGAGACAUCAGCUUACGCACACUGGAGAAAGGCCAUAUUUCUGUGAUAUAUGUAAGAAAUCAUUCACUCAACAGAGUAGUCUGAAGACACACCAACGUACGCACAGUGGAGAUAGGCCAUAUUCCUGUGAAAAAUGUAACAAAUCAUUCAUGUAUCAGAAUAGUCUGAAAAAUCAUCAGAAUAUGCACAUUGGACAAAGACCAUAUACCUGUGAUGUAUGUAAUAAAUCAUUCAAUCAAAAGAGUAAUCUGAAGAAACAUCAGCGUAUGCACAGUGGAGAAAGGCCAUAUUCCUGUGAAGUAUGUAACACAUCAUUCACUCAACAGAGUAGUCUGAACAUACACCAGCGUAUGCACAGUGGAGAAAGACCAUAUUCCUGUGAUGUAUGUAACAAAACAUUCAAUAAAAAGAAUAAUCUGAAGAGACAUCAGCAUAUACACAGUGGAGAUAGGCCAUAUUCCUGUGAUUUGUGUAAUACGUCAUUUAGUCGGAAGUGUAAUCUCAAGAUACAUCUACGCAUCCACAGUGCGGAGCGGCCACAGAACAUGGGUAUAAUCAAAAUGGAAAAUGAUGUUGAUGUUGUAAGUGAAAAAGAUCCCACUCGCAUGGUAUCUGAUGAGGUUAAUAUACAAUCAGCGCUUUCCAUAAGGACAGUUGAAACUGAGAUCAUGGAUAUGAAGGUUGAGGAUUUCGCAGGUUCACAAGAAGAGGAGGAUCCUGUAGCAAAUCUUCCAUUAAUAAAGUCAGAACUUGAGCUUCUUUCGCAGAUCAUGGAUAUGAAGGUUGAGGAUUUCGCAGGUUCACAAGAAGAGGAGGAUCCUGUAGCAAAUCUUCCAUUAAUAAAGUCAGAACUUGAGGACUCCAUCAAUUUACAGAAAGUUGUACCCGAUUCUUAUAGUGAAACGAGUCUCGAGGCUCCUUAUGAUGACAAUCAAGUCAUGGAUAUCAAAGUUGAGGAUGACGGAGGUGUGAAAGUGGAGGAGGAUCCUCUCCUGAUACCAUUUCCAUUAAUAAAGGCGGAGCAUGAGUUUCCUGCGAAAGAACAGAUAUUAUUACAAGAUGGUGAGCGUCCAUAUACCUGUGAAAUGUGUCAUAAAUCAUUCACUCGUCGAAUUAUACUGAAGAAACAUCAACGCAUUCACAGUGGGGACCAUCCAUAUUCCUGUAAUGUGUGUAACAAAGCAUUUAAACAAAAGUGUACUCUGAAGACACAUCAGCGUACGCACAGUGGAGAUAGGCCAUAUUCGUGUAAUGUGUGUAACAAAGCAUUUAAACAAAAGAGUAAUCUGAAGACACAUCAGCGUACGCACAGUGGAGAUAGGCCAUAUUCGUGUAAUGUGUGUAACAAAGCAUUUAAACAAAAGUGUACUCUGAAGAGACAUAAGCGUACGCACAGUGGAGAUAGGCCAUAUUCGUGUAAUGUGUGUAACAAAGCAUUUAAACAAAAGAGAACUCUGAAGAGACAUCAGCAUACGCACAGUGGAGGUAGGCCAUAUACCUGUGAUGUUUGUAGUAAGUCUUUCAGGUUAAGAGCUGAUUUGAAGAUACAUCACCGUGCACAUAGUGGACACCGUCCAUAUUCCUGUAAUGUGUGUAACAAAGCAUUCAUUUAUAAGAGUAGUCUGAAGAGACAUCAGCGUACGCACAGUGGAGAUAGGCCAUAUUCCUGUGAUUUGUGUAAUACGUCAUUUAGUCGGAAGUGUAAUCUCAAGAUACAUCUACGCAUCCACAGUGCGGAGCGGCCAUAAUUCUGUGAUAUGUGUAAAAAAUCAUUCGUUCAGAAGCGUGCUUUGAAGACACAUCAACUUACACAUGGUAGACAGCAGCCACAUUAAUGUGAUGUAUAUCAUAAAUGAUUUUCUUUAAUGACUGCUCUGUUUUUCAGUGACAUUAACUCUACUCAUUAAUAGAAUAAUCGGAUGAGUCAAUACAUGUGAGGGGUGCGCAUAUUCUUGUGAUAUAUGCAAGUCUUCCUAUUAUCAGAAGAAUCUGCAUCAUGAAUAAGACUUUUUCUUUUGUCAGAAUGCAAAUGAAUACCUACUCCUGCACAUUUUUUUAGUACAGGAAUAUUGUCCAGGAUAGGAAUAGUAAUUGUGCAUUUGAGGCAAAGGGCCGUCUCAUUCUUGUGUUAUACAAUGAUGAGCAUCUCAUGACGUAUGACGUGAUGUUUCUCGGCGACUAAAUGCAAUAAAAUCUUCUCGCAUCUCGUACUGUGUUAUCUGUAUGACAAGCAUUCUUCAAACAAGCAAAACGUUGACAGCGAGGUCUUUUUGGUUUAACAAUUUCUUUCAGUUUAUUACUUCCAAAACAUUUUAUAACUGUUUCAUUGGUAUGGGGAAUGUUAUAUAAUUUUAAGAUGUGUUAAGCAUUUGUCAUUUUCAGUUGCAUAUUUUACUGAUAGUUCAAAAUAAUCAUUCUAAGCUUCAGGUUACUUGCAGGUGAAACAGGAGUGUAAGUUGUAAUGGCUUUGUUAUAAAUAGCCCACCUUCGGAAUGCGGUACUUGGAAAUGUCACGAGCAGAUCUAAGUGACUGACAUACGUGAAUUUAGAUGUAGAAAUUUUUUUGUGUUUUGUGAAAUAUAUUCCUAUAUAGUUGCAGAAAUAUUUAUUGUUCUUUCCACGUAUAUUACAUUUGCUGCUAAUCUAAUCACUGUCCAGGAAACUUCAGAUGAUACAUGCUAGGAAUGUGUGAAGUACAUAAGCGUGUUUUGUUUCCAACAAGUGUCUUGGUUGAGUUUGAGGGCUUGAAGCUAAUCACUCAUCCCCAUGUAGUGCCAAUAGUAAAAAUGUAUGGAACUAUGUCCUCAUACCUUAGUCACCAAUAAAGUACAUGGAUGACUUCA